UUCAGCUGAGACACAAUAGCCCUGUGGCGUCACGUUGACUCAUAGCACUACCUUAUUGUCCCCAUCAUGCACCUGCAGUUGAGUGAACCAACAGCAGAUGUUGUUGUAUAUGACUUAUAUAAAUGGGGCAGGGUUUAGAAACGACUGGUAUCGAGACCGGCCGUUGCUCUGAGGGUGUGCCAGUUUCAGUGUAUGUACCGGUCAGUGGAAUUUAAAGCAAACAGAUGGGUCAUGAGGUCGCAGCCCCCAAAAGUAAUCUUGCUGGUAGACGGUCCACCUCGGUUGGCAUGUCAGUGUCUUGUAAUCCUCCCCGUGAAGCUUUGGCAUGGCGGGGCCUGUAUGCAAAGCAGAGAGCAGCUCCACUGCUGCUGCUCAACUCACGUCUGUGUGAUAAGAAGAAUGGCAGGCUGCUGGACUUUGGCCUCUUUUGGGGCCGACAGGUGACCUAGGUGGAGGAUACUGUUUCCACACCUACUCUGAGCUGAGGAAGGAAGUUGGUGAACGGUUUUUGUUCUUGGAUAAGCUCUUGGAUUGGGGUUUCGGGAGUUUUCGCCUUUGCUUAUCUGUUUAUAUGAACUCGUAAGCUUUUCAAACUGGCUGAGCACUUGUGAAGGAUCAUGGACACGUUUGCCCUCGCCGCUCUCUUGCUUUUCAUCACGGGAGGGGUUACCGCUCAAGUGCAGUUGGAACCGCAGAGCGCAAUGGUUCUCCAAAGUUCAGAUGCCAGGUUCAACUGCAGCACGAGGCAGCAGGGCUGGACGGUCAUGAUCUGGUCACUAAACGGACGGCUGGCGCUGACCAUUUUAGAGGCUUCCGGGAUGCUAAACAGCAGCAGUCGUUUCUCUGGGAUAGAUUAUUCCACCACCGGUGAAUCUAAGUGGGAAUUUAUCAUCAAGGACGUAUCACGAAACGAUUCUGGUGAAGUCAGCUGUCAGAUCCAAGGCAGUGAGCCUGUGACCGCUGGGCUGUCCGUUCAAGAGAGCGGCUCAGUGGAGAUUGUAGGGAUGAACUGGACAGUGAUGGAGGGAGAUCAGGUUGUGUUCCAGUGUCUUGCAGCAGGCUGGUUUCCUACACCACAGCUUUUCUGGACCGUGGAUGACACAGUGGUGGACCAACAGCUCUUCAACACCAGCUCUGUGGAAGUGGGCACUCUGGUCAACUCCAACAGCACGCUCAUGUUCACAGCGGUCCGCAAUGUGUCUGUGGUAUGCCUGGCGUCCAUCCCUUCCCUGAUCACUCCUCUACGCAGCAGCGUUUUCCUCGUUGUUGAGAAGGUGGAGAAGCCAGCGCACAGAGACCAGACCGUGCUGAUAGCCGUCACUGUGUCCAUCAGCGCGGUUGCCCUUUUAGUCCUCAUCAUUACCGCCAUUGUCUUGUGCUGCAAAAGGAGAAAGAGAGCAAAAACAAACUACCAAGAGGAAGUGAGAGCACACGCACGAUCACCGAAAGAAGGAGCUACGCACCCUGGGGAAGGACAGGGGCAGGAUAACCUUGGUUACGUUACCGACCCCAAAGCAAAUGACACCAACAGCGAAUAUACAGACAGCGGAUUCUGGCAGUCCAAUUACAUCAGCACUAUUCAGGUUCCUGAUGUGGUGAAGAGUAACCAAGAGGCUAAUAAUUAUCAUGGCACCCUCGGUGACAACGGUGUCAGAAAACACAGACAUGUAACCAUUGUGUAAAAAGGCAUUGAUCAAAGUUGUUAAAAUAUAAAAACUUUAUUUCCCCUAAAAAUGUAUUAAAUCAAGUUUAACUUGAAUAGGAAAGAUGUAUUUUUAUGUACGUUGGUGAAUGCAAGCAUGCAUGACAUAUUUCCAUUUUGGAUCUCUUGACAAGCUGUAUACACAUUAUUUUUUUAAGCAAUAUGAAGGGAUUACAGAAAAUGCAGUAGAAAUGUUUUUGGCCCUACUUUAUAAUAUGCCACUAAUAACUGUGUAGUUACACAUUAACAAUACCUGCAAUAACAAUGUAACUAGUGAUGUAUUCACUGUUACAGAUGGAUUACUGUAGCUUACAUUAGCACACACAUGUAUCAACUUCAU